UAUGAAAUCUCUACACAUCCUUCGAAGAAGGGUGACAAACGUCGUCACUUCCGCAAAACCCCUGUCUUUUACGGCAGGCCAACCCGUCUGUCUUUCUUUUCGCACAUCAUGGCGGACCGGUUCAAUAAGGUUCUGCUGCUAGAUGGCAGAGGCCAUCUACUCGGGCGUCUUGCAGCCAUCGUGGCCAAGCAGGUCCUACUCGGUCACAAGGUGGUGGUCGUCAGAUGUGAGGGCAUCAACAUCUCUGGCAACUUCUAUCGUAAUAAGCUGAAGUACUUGGCUUUCCUGCGUAAGAGGAUGAACACCAACCCUUCCCGUGGACCAUACCACUUCAGAGCUCCAAGUAGGAUCUUCUGGAGGACUGUCAGGGGCAUGCUCCCUCACAAAACCAAGAGGGGACAGGCGGCACUGGAGAGGCUGAAGGUGUUUGACGGUAUCCCCCCUCCCUAUGACAAGAGGAAGCGUAUGGUCGUCCCAGCCGCCCUGAAGAUCGUGCGUCUGAAGCCCACUCGCAAGUUUGCUCUUCUUGGACGUCUGGCCCAUGAGGUCGGUUGGAAGUACCAGGCUAUCACAGCCACCCUGGAGGAGAAGAGGAAAGAGAAGGCCAAGAUCCGGUACACCAAGGUGAAGACCCAGAUCAAGCUGAAAAAAGUGGCAGAGAAGAACGUGGAGAGCAAGAUCGCAAAGUACACUGAUGUGCUGAAACAGUAUGGUGUACUUGUCUGAGCUGGUUUCUUGUGGCCAAUAAAAGAGAAUAAAUGUUUAUAGAAAGUG